GACCUUUGCAUCUUUGCGCUUUUUCCCACUUCUUGACAUCUCCUCACUCCAUGACACGAUGAGCCCUCGCUCGGCGCGCGCGGCGCCGCUUUCUAACUCCCCCUCCCCCUCUCCCUCCCCCUCCUCACGCUCCUCGCGCCCGCGUCCCCGCGCCAUGCCGCCUCUCCUCGCUCUGGCCUCCGCGGCCCUCCUCGCGGCGCCCGCCGCCGCCACCCUUGUCGGGGAGCACGGCGCCUGCUUCUCCGCCUGCCAGCUGCCGCUCAACUUCGUGCGCUUCGCAGACAUCCCCGGCCCCGCCACAUGGGGCGCCAAAAUCGCGAGCCCGUCCUACAUGACCUCGCUCGUAGCGUGCAUGGACGCCUACUGCACGCCCCUGCAAAUCGAGUGGGGCUGGGAGCGCUUCGGCGCGUUCCGCGACCUCGGUGCACCCGGCACGCCCAUCCCGCGCUUCGAAGACGUGCUUGCGCGUGUGCCCGCCGCCCCGCGCGUCGUCGACUGCCUCGCCGACCGCGGCGCCGUCGUGCCGUCCACCAUCCUUAUCGCGCAGCAGAACUUUGACGACGGGUACCACACUGAUGCGGCGUUUGCGCGCCAGAUGCGCCUCCACAACGCCUUUGGCAUGUGCAUGUAUGCACUGUUGGCGGGCAUGACGCUCGUCGGUCUAGGCAACCGUCUGCUUGCACAUGCUGCCAAGCGUGGCGCUGUUACAUGGACAGGCAAUGUCCUCGCGCCAUGGCCGCGCGCGUACACUUGGUACCGCCGCCAUAUUGGGACUCCAGCCAUGAUGGGCUAUAGCCACGUGCAGCCAUGGGGCAUUCUCUCGAUCCCGACGCGUCUGCAGGCGAUCAUGAUCUUCAUCUACGUCGCGCUCAACGUCGGCAUGGGCUGCUACGGGUACGAGACGUUUGCGAACAACAUGUUCUGGCCCGGCGCCGAGUCGAUCCAGCUUGCGCGCUACCUCGGCGACCGGACGGGCAUUAUGAGCUUCUACAACAUGGUGCUGCUGUGGCUGCUCGCGGGGCGCAACGACGUCGUCAUCUGGCUGACGGGAUGGAGCUUCCAAAGCCUCAACCUGUUCCACCGGUGGACGGCGCGCGUCGCCGUCGUGCAAGCCUUCGUGCACUCGUGCGCAUACAUCUGGCUGCGAUGGGGCGCCUUCUGGGCCUUCAUGCCCGAGCGCUACUGGUGGAGCGGCGUGUGCGCCAUGGCCGCCAUGGGCCUGCUCAUCCCCCUCUCGGUCCUGCCGCUGCGGCAGUACGCGUACGAGCUCUUCCUGGUCCUCCACAUCGGGUUGAGCGUCGCCACCCUCGCCCUGCUGUACCUCCACACCGAGAUGUUCGGGUACGACCCGUGGGUGUGGCUGUGCAUGGGCAUCUGGGCGUUUGACCGCUUGCUGCGCGUUGUGCGCGUCGCCGUGCUGUCCUUCAAGACGCUCGGGCAGCGCAACGCCGUCGGCGCCAUCACCGCCACGAACCCCGGCCUGAUGCGCGUGCGCGUCGACACCAGCGUGCCAAUCAACCCCGCCCCCGGCGACUACUACUUCCUGUACUCGCCGCGUAGCUUGUCGCCGUGGGAGAACCACCCCUUCACGCUCGCGAGCUGGGAGAAGGCGCCUGGGGGCGGCACGACGCUCCAUUUCCUCAUCGCGCCGAUGGAGGGCUGGACGCGGCGCCUGCGGCGGCGUCUGGAAGCCGUGGCGACGCUCGCCGCCGACUCGGAAGCGGCGCCGCUCCUCGCGGCGCCCGGCACCUCCUCUCUCCCGCCCGCGCGCCUCCGCGUCCUCCUCGAAGGGCCCUACGGGCACCGGUGCGACCUCGAGCCGUUCGAGCACGUCCUCCUCCUGGCGGGGGGCAGCGGGAUCGCUGCGAUCCUGCCGUACGUCUUUGCCCUCUCGCGCGAAAACAGCGCCAAGAAGCGCAUCAGCAUAGUCUGGACAGUCCGCAACGCGGCAUACGCGGCCGACGUGCUCGCGCACGAGCUCGCGCCCGCGCGCACACGCCACGCCUCCCUCGACAUCUACCUCACGCAGGAGGAGCCGGUGGCCGCGCGCGCGCUGCUCGACGCCCUCGACGUCCCCCUCGACACGGGGUAUGCCGCCGUCGACCCGCACAGCGCGGGGGCGCGCCGGCGCGAAGUCGUGCUGACGCGCGGGCGCCCGCCGAUCCGCGAACUCGUCGGCGCACAGGUCGAGGCGCUGCGCGCCGAUACCGGCCGCCUCGCGAUCCUCGCGUGCGGCCCCGGACAGAUGAUGGACGACUUGCGCCGCGCCGUCGCGGACGCGUAUGGCGCGCUCACGACGGAUGCGGGCAGGCUCGAGUAUUACGAAGAAGCAUUUACGUGGUAGUCGAGUGGAUGCAUUGAUUCAUGGGUUCAUGCGCG